CAUAAAUUUUUCUAUUAGAACUAUAAAAACAAUUCAAAUAUUAAUAGUAAAAUUAUAUGUAUACAAUAUACAUACACUCCUCUUGAAUGAUGAAAAAAGAAACCUCAAAAGUCUUCCGAGUAAGUAGAGUAGGAGUAAAAAAAAUAUCACAUCAAGGAUCAUGUCUCGCUAGAUCACUGAAUUCUUCCUAUCAAUUCAAGCACUUUAACGAUCUCGUCUUAUUAGAUCUUUUUAUUCUUUCUAUCACUACAAGUUUCGAACUAUUGAAAUAUUAAAAAUAUAAGUAUAAGAAAUAUUAAAAUUACUUAAUUCUUAAAUAAAAGCAUUAUACCCAAACUUUCUCAACAAAAAUAAAAAUUAGAUAAUAUAAAUUUUUCUAUUAGAACUAUAAAAACAAUUCAAAUAUUAAUAGUAAAAUUAUAUGUAUACAAUAUACAUACACUCCUCUUGAAUGAUGAAAAAAGAAACCUCAAAAGUCUUCCGAGUAAGUAGAGUAGGAGUAAAAAAAAUAUCACAUCAAGGAUCAUGUCUCGCUAGAUCACUGAAUUCUUCCUAUCAAUUCAAGCACUUUAACGAUCUCGUCUUAUUAGAUCUUUUUAUUCUUUCUAUCACUACAAGUUUCGAACUAUUGAAAUAUUAAAAAUAUAAGUAUAAGAAAUAUUAAAAUUACUUAAUUCUUAAAUAAAAGCAUUAUACCCAAACUUUCUCAACAAAAAUAAAAAUUAGAUAAUAUAAAUUUUUCUAUUAGAACUAUAAAAACAAUUCAAAUAUUAAUAGUAAAAUUAUAUGUAUACAAUAUACAUACACUCCUCUUGAAUGAUGAAAAAAGAAACCUCAAAAGUCUUCCGAGUAAGUAGAGUAGGAGUAAAAAAAAUAUCACAUCAAUCAUUAUCUAGUCAAAAAAAAUCAUCCUCACCUACUUUUCCCUCCCAAAACCAAAAACACCAUUGUUUCUUCUUUGUUUUUCAUUCAAGUUUAUUGUAAGCAAAAAAAAAAAAAAACUACAUCAUCCUUUCUUUAGCAAGAUGACAUCAAGUAGUCAAAAAAUAAAAAUUUAAUAGACCUACAAAAAGUCUAGGAAUAGAUUUUGAUGAUAAACCUCAUGGAAUCAUGUUAAAGUUAUUUCGAUGGCUCCAAAUGGGGGUGGGAAUAGGACAUGGUCUUGUAACUAUUCUAAUAAAAUAGUUACGGGAUCAUAUAAUAGGGUGAAAGCACAUCUUUUGAGAUUAUCGGGUCAUGGUGUUCAAAUAUGUAAAGAAAAUAAUGGUGAUAUAUAUGCAAUUUUGAAGAUGGAGCAUGAACAAGCGGAAAGAAAACGAACCAAUGUUCAAUAUGAUGCAAGAAAAAAAGAUGAUUAUAUAUCACUUCCGGAGGGGACUGAUCUAAUUCAACAAAAAAACGAAAGAGUUUCGAGUAGUGGAGCUAUCGAAAAAUCAUUCGGCAUCUAUGAGAGGAAUACGGUCGACAAAUUAGCCGCUAGGAUGUUCUAUGCAUCAGGUUUAUCAUUCAACUUUGCCAACUCUCCUUAUUUUAAAAAAUAUUCUAUGUUUGUAGCCGAAAAUUUCAUUCCCGGUUAUAUUCCCCCAUCAUAUAAUAGAUUGAGGUCAACUCUUUUAGCUUAAGAAAAAACACAUAUUGAUAGAAAGUUUGCAACCAAUAAAAGGUACAUGGAAAAAGAAAGGAUUGACGAUUUGUUCGGAUGGAUGGUCCGAUACUAAAAAACGACCUUUGAUCAAUAUAAUGACAUCAUCUAGUGGAGACUCAAUGUUUUUGAAUUCAAUCAAUUCUAGUGGAAUCGUAAAAGAUGGUGAAUAUAUUGCUAACUUAUUUAUUGAAGCAAUAGAAAAUGUAGGUUCAAACAAUGUUGUUCAAGUUAUUACGCAUAAUGCAAGUAAUAUGAAACUUGCCGGUACUAUAGUGGAGCAAAAAUAUCCUCAUAUAUUUUGGUCUCCUUGCGUUGUUCAUUGUUUGAAUCUAGCUUUGUAAAGUAUGUGCCAACCUUCGGACAAAUCACCUCACUUUACUAAUUGUAAAUGGAUUUUAGAGUUACUUAGUGAAGUGAGCGAUUUAAAAAAUUUUGUUGUGAACCAUGACAUGACACAUGCACUUUUUCAAAAACAUUCGAAUUUGUGUUUGUUGAAGGUUGGUGAAACAAGAUUUGCCUCAAACAUCAUUAUGACCACCCGAAUUGGCAAAGUAAAAUCUUCUUUGGAGAAAAUGGUCAUGGAUGAUGAAUGGAAGAAUUAUAAGGGGGAUAAGGGAAAUGAAGCCAAGACACGUGAAAUAAAAUCGUAUUGACUAUUUCUUGAAAUUUACGGAACCAAUUGUUGAUAUGCUAAGAAGUGUCGAUAUUGAUGGUCCAAAAUUACAUCUCAUUUAUGAUAUGUGGGACUCAAUGAUUGAGAAAGUCAUCUUUGAGCAUGAGGGAAAAGAUCUCAUUUCCGGUCAAUCAAAUUUUUUUGAUACUAUUCAUGAUAUUCUUGUGGCUAGGUGGAACAAAAGUAACACACCUCUACAUUGUAUGGCACAUUCUUUGGUUCCCAAAUAUUAUCAUGAUCAUGGCUUGAAGGAGAGAAUGGAAUUCGAAAGCUAGCUCCCAAUGAAGAUAGUGAAAUUUCAUAUUCAAAGGUACUUUAAAAAUUCUAAUGAAAUGAAACAAGCCUCAUUGGAGUAUGGAUUCUUUUGUAGCGGAAAUGGCUAUUUUAGUGAGCCUUAUGUGAUUGACGCUAUGAUGUAUGAAGAUUCUCUUUCUUGGUGGGCAAAUCAUGGGGUCUCGGCUCCGCUUUUGCAACAAUUAGCUUACAAGUUGCUUACUCAACCGGCUUCUUCCUCUUGUUGUGAAAGAAAUUGGAGUACAUUUUCUUUGAUUCACAAUAUCAAGAGAAACAAGUUAGCAACUUCAAGAGCCGAAGAUUUAGUGUUUGUACAUUAUAAUCUCCGAUUGUUGUCUCGCAAGAAAGAGAAAUAUAUAAAUGGGCCAAGCAAAUAUUGGGAUGUUGGUGGAGAUCGGUUUGAUAUUGAUGAGACAACUAAUGAUCUAACCGAGCUUUCAAUAGAUGACCCUCAAAUUGAAGGUCUAAUAUUUGAGGAAGAGUUUGAAGAUUUGGAAGAUGUUGAAGAAGAUGUGGAAGAGAUAGCUAACUUAACUAAAUAACUUGAUAAUUGACAAUAUUUUGUUGUUAUGUUAAUUUUAAGUUAUGAAUUAAGUUGAGACAAUCUCUUGUUUUUUGUUCAAUAGUAUGUUUUACACUUUUACUUGGUGUAUUGAAUAUUGAUUAGUAAUUAUGAAUAUCUAAAUUGUGGAUAAA